GGUAAUUUAGAUGAGUUUUUUUUUUAAUAUACGCGGGAAUAAUUUCGACUACCGUUGUCCAUAUGAAUUUCAAUAAAUUUCUAUCUAAAGUUUUGAAAAAAAGAGAGUAAAAGAGUGGGAUGUAUAAAAUGAAAGCUCGAUAACUAGAACUAACAGCGCAAGCGCUAAUAUUACAACAAAGCUUUAAAGCUUUCUUGGUUCUGUUCUCUUCUAUAGAUGAUGGUGAUAAUAAUAAUUUUUUAACUUUAUAAUUAUAAAAAUUAAAAAGUUAUAAUAUUAUUUAAAUUAAAUAUAAUGUCGAGUUUUUUGGAGCCUUGUGAUGCUGGGUCACCAUCAAUGUCAAAAACUGAGGAUAAUCUGUCAAAUAGUGAAGGCCCACUUUUAAAAAAAAAUAUUGGACGUAAUCAUACAUCUUCCAGUACGGAUAUAACAACAUUUAAUAAACGUUCAAAAUCUCCAUCACAUUCUGUAUCUCAAGAUCUUUCUUCAUCUUCCAGGUCAUUUGAUAAUGAUAAAAAACGCUAUUGUCUUUGGGCAUUAACAUUAAUUCUUGCAAUGAUAGGUUUUAGUAAUCUCCUUCUCAGUAUAACAAUUAUUUCUGUUCUAAGAGUGUCUCAGGGAAUGGAAUCUCUUGAAAUAAUUCCAAAUGAAAAUCUUGUUAAAUUUUAUGGAAAAACAGAUCUUGAUCGGGUUUGCAUUGAUGAAGGUGUAUGUCAAGGGUAUGGAGAUGAGCCAAUGGAAUUGUCUGGUGAUGAUUCGGGUAUACAUUUAAGUGUGAAAAAUCGACGUCAUGAUCAUUCUCGAGGUAAUUUGUGGAUUCUACAAAAUGGUACAACUGUAUCACAAAUUGAAUCAUUUGAGAUAAAAGAUUAUAGAACUGGAGAUGCAUUUUUUUCAACUGAUUUUCCAAAUUUUGGAUUACCUAGUGGUGUUGGAAGAAUAAAUGUUAGAGUAGCACAAACUCACCGGAUUAUUGCACCAAUUAAUGAAACUUUAAAUAUUGAUUCUAAUCGAGAAGUUACAAUGCAUGGAGCUGAAAAUCUUGUUAUGGAUAGUAAAAAAAUAAUAUGGAUGGCUGAUAAUCAAGUACGACUUAAAAGUAAUGAUACUAUUGUACUAAAUGCAGCAAAAGGUGUUUAUUUAGACACUAAAAAAAUUCCUAUCGUACAAGGUUUUAUGUCAACCAGUAGUAGUAAUGAUGCAUCUAGUUUAUCACAAUAUAAAGUUUGUGUUUGUAUGCCCGAAGGUAAACUUUUUAGGAUUCAAGUUCCACCUGGUAACGUAAGAGUUAAUUGUGCUCGAGUCAGUAUGUCAUCUGACCAUAAUCCUUGUUUAUAAUUUUAUUAUUAUUAUUAUUUUAAUAAGCAACUUUAUAAAUAAAGUCAUAUGGGUUGAAAAAAAAAUUAAUUGAUCGAUUGAAUAUUUAUAAUGAUUUAAUGCAUAUAUAUGUAUAAUUUAGAGAGUAUAGAAAUGACAUAUUUAUUGACGCAUCGUUAUUAUUAUUGUAUUUAAAAAAUAAAAAAAAAAA